AUGAUCUAUGCCAAGGUGAAAAAACUAAGUGCAUUGGGCUAUGUCCCAAUUCUAUUUUUCGCCAAGAAAGAUAAGGCCUCUGGAAAGUGGGUGGCCGAUGUUGUGACCCACCUGACACCCACUGAGGAUAACCUAAAAAUUGUGGCCACCAUGAGAAAGGCCUACAAUUUUGUAUUGAUCAAAGAAGGGAACUCCACGCCAGAGCCCCAGCCUCAGCCCCAGACUGAGCCCCAGCAUCAGACUCAACCCAAGCCCCAGCAUCAGACUCAACCCAAGCCCCAGCAUCAGACUCAACCCAAGCCCCAGCAUCAGACUCAACCCAAGCCCCAGCAUCAGACUCAACCCAAGCCCCAGCAUCAGGCCCAGCCCGAGCCCCAGCAUCAGACUCAACCCAAGCCCCAGCAUCAGGUCCAGCCCAAGCCCCAGCAUCAGGCCCAGCCCGAGCCCCAGCAUCAGGUCCAGCCCGAGCCCCAGCAUCAGGUCCAGCCCGAGCCCCAGCAUCAGGUCCAGCCCGAGCCCCAGCAUCAGGCCCAGCCCGAGCCCCAGCAUCAGGUCCAGCCCGAGCCCCAGCAUCAGGCCCAGCCCGAGCCCCAGCAUCAGGCCCAGCCCGAGCCCCAGCAUCAGGUCCAGCCCGAGCCCCAGCAUCAGGCCCAGCCCGAGCCCCAGCAUCAGGUCCAGCCCGAGCCCCAGCAUCAGGCCCAGCCCGAGCCCCAGCAUCAGGUCCAGCCCGAGCCCCAGCAUCAGGCCCAGCCCGAGCCCCAGCAUCAGGUCCAGCCCGAGCCCCAGCAUCAGGUCCAGCCCGAGCCCCAGCAUCAGGUCCAGCCCGAGCCCCAGCAUCAGGCCCAGCCCGAGCCCCAGCAUCAGGUCCAGCCCGAGCCCCAGCAUCAGGCCCAGCCCGAGCCCCAGCAUCAGGCCCAGCCCGAGCCCCAGCAUCAGGUCCAGCCCGAGCCCCAGCAUCAGGCCCAGCCCGAGCCCCAGCAUCAGGUCCAGCCCGAGCCCCAGCAUCAGGCCCAGCCCGAGCCCCAGCAUCAGGUCCAGCCCGAGCCCCAGCAUCAGGCCCAGCCCUAG